GCGUAUCACAAGCUAACGCUAGCUAGGAAACUGUCAAGCUGUCAAGUGGAGAGGCUGGGGCAGACGGUUCAGCUUCCCUCCCUGGCUUGGCCCGUACACAGAUCCUCCCCCUCAGAAACACAAGAGCCGAGCUUAUUCUUUUGCUCACCAACUGAGAUAAUGUAAUGUAAAACGGGAGCGCGUAAAGAGGGAGUACAGUUCCAGAGUUUAUGCACUAAGUGUUGAGUGACGACAGUUAAGUGCUAGCUGUAGGCUAGUUAGCUUAGCCAGCGCUAACCCUCACAUUUCGUCGUUGAACACCUUCUUGUGGUAACUGCGGGCACUUGGUCCCUAUUGCACAUUGUGUUCCUGUCAUCUGAUAUUUUGGUUGUUUGGUUAUUAGAGGGACACAAUGGGGGCAUUUCUGGACAAACCAAAGAUGGAAAAAUACAAUUCCCAUGGUGAGGGUAACAACCUGAGGUAUGGGCUGAGCAGCAUGCAGGGUUGGCGGGUUGAGAUGGAAGAUGCACACACAGCAGUCAUUGGUCUGCCUCAUGGUCUCGACCCCUGGUCGUUCUUUGCCGUUUAUGAUGGGCAUGCUGGCUCUCAGGUGGCUAAGUACUGCUGCGAGCACCUCUUGGAACACAUCACUAGCAACCCAGACUUCAAGAAUGCUAUUAUGGAGUCCAACAAUGUGGACGGUGUGAAGAAUGGGAUCCGCACAGGAUUCUUGGAGAUCGAUGAACACAUGCGAACCAUCUCGGAGAAGAAGCAUGGUGUAGACCGCAGCGGAUCCACUGCAGUAGGGGUAAUGAUCUCUCCAAGCCAUAUCUACUUCAUCAACUGUGGAGACUCGCGGGGUCUCCUCAGCAGGGGAGGAGCUGUUCACUUCUUUACACAGGAUCACAAACCCAGCAACCCCUUGGAGAAGGAAAGGAUCCAGAAUGCCGGUGGCUCAGUCAUGAUCCAGCGAGUUAAUGGCUCUCUUGCUGUGUCCAGAGCCCUGGGUGACUUUGAUUACAAGUGUGUCCAUGGAAAAGGCCCAACGGAGCAGCUGGUUUCGCCAGAGCCUGAGGUGUAUGCAAUAGAAAGAAACGAGGGUCAAGAUGAAUUUAUUAUACUUGCCUGUGAUGGCAUCUGGGAUGUCAUGGCCAAUGAGGAACUCUGUGACUUUGUGAGGUCAAGGCUGGAGGUUACAGAUGAUCUCGAAAGAGUCAGCAAUGAAAUUGUUGACACUUGCUUGUACAAGGGAAGCCGGGACAAUAUGAGUGUUGUUUUAAUCUGCUUUCCUGGGGCCCCAAAGGUAUCUCCAGAAGCUGUGAAACGUGAGGCUGAGCUGGACAAAUAUCUGGAAGCCAGAGUAGAAGAGAUAAUCAAAAAGCAGGGAGAUGAAGGCGUCCCAGAGUUGGUCCAUGUUAUGCGGACGUUAGCAUCUGAGAGCAUUCCAAACCUCCCUCCUGGUGGAGAGUUGGCCAGCAAACGAAGUGUUAUUGAAGCAGUGUACAACAAACUUAACCCGUACCGAAGCGAUGACACCGACCCUGGCAUCCUCUUCUUCCGUGGUUUCAGCUAAACCAGAAGCUAAUGACAAAAUAUCAAACGAGCAUUUGUUGCUUUACGAAAACUACAUAUAUCCCUGGUCAGAACUUUCCACACACUCCUCAUUGGGCAGGAAUGUUUAAUUUCUUUUGGUCUUCUUUGAUUGAUUAUGACUUUACAUUUAAGAGUUAGAUGCAAGUUUGAAUUACUGUUGAAUUUCAAUCCACACAAGGUUAAAAUCGUCAUUGCCUUAUUAAUGAAUCUCUAAUACCAGAUGUUUAUGAUCAAACGCAAUUUAAUGUGAGACAAAAACAACCCUAAAAAAACCUCAAAAAAUGUUUUGAAAUGACAAUUUUUAUUAACAUAAAAUAGGCAUUAAGCCCUGCUUAGUGCUAAAAAAAAUAUAUUUGGCUCCUUUGUUAAUUCAACUGCUCAGACCAUUCUUUUGUAGAAGUGAUUUUACCUAAAAAAAAAAAGUAAGAUGAAUCAUGUUAUCUUUCGUAAGCAAUCACAUACAUACAGUAUAGAGUAUCAGUGAUGUGUUAGAGAUGAUUUCAGUUCCAAUGAUGCCUGAAAGCAACAGCUGGGUAUCAUGCUGUUUGGCCAUGUUGUUGUGCUGUCAGUCAUGAUCUGCAGUUCGCCCCCCCACCAUGCCAAAACAGGGUCAGAAGUUUGAAUCUGAAAAAUUGCAAUCUGCAACUGCAAAAAAAAAAAAAAAAAAAAAAA